GCUGCGCUCCUUCCCCUAAACCUCCAUCAUGCCUGCACAAACCACGCUCACCAACGAUGAGAAAGGAAAGAUCAAGUCUGCAGUACCCUCCUCCAUGAACAAGAUACAUACGGCAGCAUUUUGUCGGAUUUACUAUGCGCACCCGGAUCCCAAUCAGUGGUCGUACGCCGGAUUGCAAGGUGCCUUGGUGUUUUGCAGGGAUAACCAGAAGAAUACUUGGUGCCUCCGUAUGGUUGACUUGCAGGGCACCCGCGGUGUCAUCUGGGAACAUGAACUAUAUGACGGCUUCGAGUACUGGCAGGAUCGACCGUUCUUCCAUUCCUUCGCGGGCGAUGAAUGCAUGAUCGGGGUUGUCUUUGCAGAUGAAGGAGAGGCGAAGGUCUUCUAUAAGAAGAUCACGAAUAGGAAGGAGGUUAAGCCAGGCAAGGCGAAAUCAUCUGGAAAGUCCAAGAAAGCCACGAAAGGCAGCAAGAUCGAUAAAUCCAUGAUAUCAGGGCCCAUUCAGGGCUCGUACAUCCAUGUUGCUCACAUGGGCUACGACUCGGACAAAGGGUUCACCUCGUCAAACGUGGACCCGUCGUGGCUGACGCUACUCAACCAACUCGAGAGCAUGGGUGUCGACAAGUCCGUGAUCGAGAAAGACAUGGAUUUCAUCAAGAACUUCAUGCGCGACGCGCAGAAGGCGCAGCCUGCUCCUGCAGAGAAGAAAAAGCCACCUCCACCGCCUGUACCCAGGAGAGGUACACACGCGCACCACGAGAGCGCCGGGUCAACGGCAGCUGCUCCGCCACCUCCCCCUCCGUCCAGGUCGCAUGCUGCUCCCCGUCCGCCUUCAAGACCGCCUGCACCACCCACCCGGUCUGGUCCUCCUCCUCCGCCCUCAAGACCUGCGAGUGCAGCUCCUACUUCCCCACCCCCUCCGCCGGCGCGUCCAACAACGGCUGCCCCUCCGCCACCUCCGCCGCCACCGGCCCGUCCGACUGGAACAGCGCCUCCACCGCCACCGCCCCCUCCUCCUCCUAUCUCAGGCGGAGCCCCUCCGCCGCCGCCCCCUCCGCCCC